AUGCGAGUAGUGUGUGAUCUUACUUAUGAGUAUUCAGGACACAAUGUGACAUGUGAUAAUUUUUUUACAUCUUACAACUUAGGACAACUUCUUCUGAAACGGAAAAUGACAAUGCUUGGCACCAUUAGAAAAAAUAAAAAGGAACUUCCUGAACAAAUGCCAAACAAAGAAGUACACAGCUCAUCAUUUUAUUUUACAACAGACACAACUGUUGUCAACUACAUUCCAAAAAAGAACAAGAAUGUUACUUUGCAUCACGACAAAGAAGUCUGCAACAGACCUGACAAAAAACCACAAAUUAUCUUAGAUUACAAUUCAACUAAAGGGGCUGUAGAUACUCUUGAUCAACUUUUAAGCACAUACAUUUGCAAAAGAAAAACAAAUCGCUGGCCUAUGAUAGUAUUUUAUAACAUGCUACUCUACUCUAACCCAGAGUUAAAUAAACCUCAUCCACAUUUGCCUCAAUCAAGACAUACAUGGAAUUAUCACAUAGAGCAAGUCAACGAUCCUUACAAUAUGGAAGAUGCAGAAGAUGAGUAUGAAUAUUAUCCAGACCCAGCUUCUCAUCGCACACAUCCAAAGAAGAAGCCCAUAAUGACACUUAAAAUCACUAAAGAACAAAAAAAAAACACUCAUAGAAAAUAG